UCUGUCGAAAGAUCAUUUUCAGCGAUACCAAAUUCUUCCUCUUUUUUUUUUUAUUAAAAAAAACAUGGAUUUAACCAAUAGCAUUGGCUUCAACUCCCCACUCUUCUCAAUUCUCGAAGACAUGCUCGACGUUGCCGGCGAUGAGCCCGAGAAGUCGCGGAACAACCCGUCCCGGGCUUACGUCCGAGACGCGAAGGCGAUGGCGGCGACGCCGGUGGACGUGAUCGAGUACCCGAACGCCUACGAAUUUGUGGUGGACAUGCCCGGGAUCAAGCCCGGCGAGAUCAAGGUCCAGGUGGAGGACGACGCCGUUUUGGUGGUGAGCGGAGAGCGGAAAAGGGAGAAAGACAAGGACGCCAUAGAUGGGGUCAAGUACGUGAGGAUGGAGAGGAGGGUCGGCAAGUUCAUGAGGAAGUUUUCGCUGCCGGAGAACGCCAAUAAGGACGCCGUUUCGGCGGUGUGUCGGGACGGUGUUCUGACGGUGAAGGUGGAGAAGCUGCCGCCGCCGGAGCCGAAGAGGCCUAAGACCAUCGAGGUCAAGGUUGCUUGAGUGUGGGACUUAUAUAUAUUUGUGACUUGUGAAGGUACAAUGUUUAUGUAUGGUGUCGAAUCGGGGAUAUGUUGUACUGCUUUUGGUGUAUGCAGGUGGUUUGUAUUGGUCUUGAGACUUUAUGAAUAAAAUUGAGUUUU